GCCCGCAAGUAUUAUAUAUAUUAACAUGGAAGGUAGUGUAGUUUGUCCGCAGACUAAGGCAUGAACAUGUUCAUGUUGGCAUCCUGCAGCUGCUCCUCCGGUCUUCCCCUACAAAUAAAAUCAAAACCAAAAUAUCAAUUUAAAACCCGGCCAUACACGUCUCGUCGACUCAACCCUGUCAGACAAUCCUCACCCACAAUGACUACGACGACGUCACCAGUGUCACCGACGAACCUAUGGUUCUUCUUUUGGACCAAUGUUGUUAUAUGGCUCAUUUUUGCCUUUCACAGCUUCAUAAUGGUGGUCGCCAUGUAUACAGGGUUAAUCAACGCCUGGAAGAUCGAGCAGGAGAAGAAGAAGAUUCAGAAGGAGAAGGCAGCACGGGAGGGCAAACCGUUUGUACACAGGUCCUCGUAUGCUUCGAGCUUCAUGGAUGCCUGGAUGGAUCCCUUUGACCCUGAUCUUGUUCGCCGCAGCGCUGCGGGGGGUCGUCGUGACAACAUUCCCUAUUGA